UUUCUUGGGGUUUGUUUUCCUCUUCAUCGGAAAAUGGGGGUGAAAAAUUUGUGGGAUAUCUUAGAAUCAUGCAAGAAAAUUCUCCCUCUUCAUCACCUUCAGAACAAAAGGGUUUGUAUAGAUCUGUCAUGUUGGAUAGUUCAACUACAAAAUUCAAGUAAAAACACUGCUUCUGUCAAAGAUAAAAUGUACUUAAGAGGCCUCUUUCAUCGUCUUAGAGCUCUCCUUGCCUUGAAUUGCACCAUUGUUUUUGUUGCUGAUGGGUCCAUUCCUGCUAUCAAGUUAGAUACAUAUAGAAAGCGAUUGGGGUUAGUAAAUGAGGCUGGGGCGAAGGCGAAAAAGGUGUUUCCACUUGCAAGAAACAUGGGCUCGGAGUUUUCAUGUAUGAUUAAAGAAGCUAAAGUUCUUGGAAUGGCUCUUGGGAUACCAUGCUUGGACAGUCUCGAGGAAGCGGAAGCACAGUGUGCCUUGUUGAAUUCGGAAUCAUUGUGUGAUGGAUGUUUCUCUUCAGAUUCAGAUAUCUUUCUUUUUGGUGCCAAAACUGUGUAUAGAGACAUGUGCCUAAGUGAUGGUGGUCAUAUAGUUUGUUAUGAAAUGUUGGACAUACAACAAAAACUUGGAUAUGGAAGAAAUUCACUGAUUACACUUGCGAUUCUUCUUGGCAGUGACUACUCUCAUGGUGUUCGUGGAUUUGGCCCGGAAACAGCGUGCAAGAUUGUUAAAGCAGUCGGGGAUGAUAUUAUCCUGCAGCAAAUCAGAUUAGAGGGAUUACCAACAAAGAAAACAAAAGGAAAGAAACGUGAAAAAUCCCAGAUUACCAACAAAGAAAAUAACUUGUUUCAUGAACAGAACAUCACUGGGAAUGAGCAAAAUGUAUUACAACGUGAUCAGUUCGUGAAAGUGAGUGAUGCAUAUUUGAAGCCGAAAUGUCUCUCCCCUGACUCAGAGGAAGUGCGUAGAGCAAAUGUCCAGUACCCAUUUCAGCGCAGCAAACUUCAACAAGCGUGUGAUGGUUUUUUUGGUUGGACUCCUGAGAAAACAGAUGAGUACAUCCUUCCUAAGAUCGGAGAAAGAGACCUUAUACGGUUUUCCAACCUGCGGUCCACACUAUCAGUAGUAGGAGUUCAAGUUCCAUUAAACGAGAUGCCAGUCCCUUGUCCCAUAUCUUCCAUCAUCAAGCAAAGGAAAGUGCAGGGAAGUGAUUGUUACGAAGUGGCUUGGGAGCAUCUAGAUGGCCUCAAAACCUCUGUAGUCUCAGCCGACCUCAUAGAGAUCGCUUGCCCUGAGAGGAUUACCGAGUUCCAGGAGAGAGAAACUCUUCGGAAGAAUCAGAAACGUAAACCAAGGACGAAGAAAUCAGAUAAGAAAGCUGCCAUGACAGAACUUGAUCUAAAGCUACAGGCGUUGAUGCUUGACAUAGAAGCAGAUAGCAGACCUGUUUCCAGUCUGUCUGCUAAUGGACCCCCAAUUGAGCAGAAACAUAAUGUACCAGAAGUAGACUCAGAACUCCAAGCUUUGUUGCUUGACAUAGAAGCGGAAAGCAGACCUGUUUCCUCUGUGUGUAGAAGACCACCAGCUGAGGAGAGGAAUACUGUACCGGAAGUUGAUUUGAACCUCCAAGCUUUGUCUGUUGGCAUAGAAGCAGAAAGAAGACCUAUUUCCACUGUGUUUAGUAGAAGGCCACAAGUUGAGGAGAGAAAUGCUGUACCAGAAGUUGAUUUCAAGCUCCAAGCUUUGCGGCUUGACAUAGAAGCAGAAAACAGACCUGUUUCCACUGUGGUUUGUAGAAGACUACCAGUUAAGCAGAGGAAUGUUGUACCAGAGGUCAUAGAUCUCUUGAGCCCUUCGCCAGCAGUCCGUGUUCGCCAAGUUUCAAAGUACAAACAGACAUUUGGUUCACAGAUUGAUGUAAUUGAUUUAUGUGAUUCAGAAACUGACAUGUAGAGUGCAGAUGAACCAAAAGCUUACAUAAUUCAUCAGCUGUCAUUAAAUCUUGUUUGUUUUCAUAUGCUCGUUGUCACUUUCACAUGGAGCUGAAACUUAAGCCCAAGUUUCGUGUAGUUCUGUCACUCGUACAUCAAUUACAGUAAUCUAGAACACUUCAACUAU